AUGGCUGCCCUACUGCCUCUCGCCCUGCUGCUCCCCAGCUGUGCCUGGGCCCUGGCCGCCCCGUUCCCCUUCCCCGCGGGCUCCCGGCGCAGCAGCUGCAAGCCGAUCCCCCGCGGCAUGGCGCUGUGCCACGGCGUGGGCUACACCGAGAUGCGGCUCCCCAACCUGCUGGGCCACGACAGCAUGAAGGAAGCCCUGCAGCAAGCGUCCUCGUGGGCACCGCUGCUCUCCAAGAACUGUCAUGGGGACACCAAGAAGUUCCUGUGCUCCCUCUUUGCUCCCGUCUGCCUCAGCGAGCUUGGGGAGCCCGUCUCGCCCUGCCGGGUUCUCUGCGAGGAGGUGCGGGAUGGCUGCGCCCCGGUCAUGGCCGCCUUCGGCUUCCCUUGGCCCGACAUGUUCAACUGCAGCCGGUUCCCGCAGGGUGAUGAGCUGUGCGUGCCGCCCGCCGGCCCCGGGGACAGGCCCUCGCUGCUGAAAGAAGAUGCUGUCUGCUCAGCCUGUGUCAGCUUCGGGCAAAAUGAGAAGGAGUUUCUGGAAAACUUCUGCAGUCAGGACUUCGCCUUGCGAAUGAGCAUCAAAGCCCUGUCCUAUGUGGACGGGGACCUCAAAGUCAUCCCCGAGCUGAAGAGCCGGACCCUCUACAAGCAGAAGGGCUGGUCGGAAGAAGAGCUGAGGCAGCCCGUGCUGUGGCUGACGGACGGGGAGGCCUGCGCCUGCGAGGAGCUCCACGGCCCGGGCGGCGUGCUGCUGGCCAUGGGGCACAGGGUGGCCGACCGCCUGGUCCUGUCCUGGGUGCGGCGGUGGCAGCGGGGGGACAAGGAGCUGAAGAGGUUGAGCCGGGCAGUGAGGAAGCUGCAGUGCUAGAGAGCAGAACGGGUUAGACAUAGCCAGGCUGUUCCUGCAGAAGCAGGCCCCCAGCCCCCAGCCA